GGCGAGAGACAAAGCAAGAGGAAGCAAGAAACCGCACUGUGUGAUGAUAUGGCAACAGCAACGGGUCACCAGGAGUACCCCAGCUCCUCUUUCCGCUUCAGGUACAUCGCAAACCUGACCGAUGGAUGGACCCAACAUACACACAAUCAGCGGUGUAGAUAUUCCAGCGUCAGGCAAUGUCCAGUUGAUUUCAUCAGUCUUCUUAAGAUACCUGGCUUGAGCAUACGCGAGGAAAUCAAAGGACAUGUCGGACGGCUGUGGGUCGUCCAUGAGACACUCGCCCGCCCUCCCGUCUUCAAGAGCAACAGGACUGCACGAUGUAUCCCCAAACAGACAGAAGGCCCUCCCCACCCCCCACAGGCCCCACAACAGAUUCGACGCUAAGCAAAAUCCCUCCACCUGACACAACAGACACACAUAUACACAGAUACUGGCACAUGCAGUGCGAGUGCCAUUCACCUGUUGAAGGAAGGGGUCGAUCAUGCUGAUGUCCUCGGGCAGGAUUGGGCUGCCGAGCAGCUCAGACAGGUAGACGCUGGCGAAGAGGCGGCGCCGCUUGAUGCAUGGGUAUGCCUCAGUGGUGACACUAAAGCAGGGCGGCUGUGUGACGCAGUAGUCAAUUGUCGCCUCGGUGAAUAUGUUGGCAAUGUCGAAGGCAGCAUAGUUGUAAUCCGAAUACUCGAAAUCAAUCAAGCGGAUGCCCUCGCUCGUCUGCACCAAGGAAGCGGCAUAUAUGGGAAAGCUAAGGCGCCUGUGUGUGUCUGCCCAUGCUGUGUAUCGACUCACCUUCAUGAUGUUGUUCUCUUGGCAGUCGUUGUGGCAGAAGACAAUCGCGCGGGCGGCCAGCAUGGCCCUCUCGGUGAGUGAGCUGGCCUCUGGCGGCUCGUCUGCCUGCUGGAUGACGUCUGAGUUGAGAAAUGACUCCACCUCUGACGCUAUCUGAGGCAGAUUCAGGGCCUGACGAAGCACAACGACAAGGAGCACUUCCACGUUUGGGACGGCGGCACCAGCUUCGAAUGUCGCUUACCGCCAGUUGUUGCUGCUGGGCUUCAGAGGGGAAGCUGGCCUCCAGACUCAGCUGCAGACACAAAAUGGGAAGGAACACACAAACAUGCACUGCACUCGCCAUUGCCUUCUCAUUCGUGUGCUAUGUAUGUCGCCCCACCUUCAUCCACUGUCUGAGCUUGACCGGCAGACACGGCCGCCUCACAAUGCCGCACACAUCACUGGCACCAAGAGCCAGACGAUGCAGGCGGGCAAUCUGAUACACAAGGCACAAGAAGCAGCGCCUUAUGGGUCGUCAGCGUGAUGUCAUGUCUGCAGUGUUACUUACUUGUGUGGCGACGCCCGCCAGCUCAGGUGGACACUGGAGUUCCUGUACGAGUAGAGGUCUGCCCCACACCCACUCCUCUAUCCGACCACCCUGCAGGACACACCAACCACACCGACACAAUACAGCCAACAAGCCCUCCAGCCAUCCCAUCCCAUCAUUCUCUGUCUUGUCUGUCCCCUCCCCACCUGGAAGUUGGCGAUCAUUUUGGGCGCCAUGUUCCUCUGCCCGAGUGCCCGGAACACGUCCAGCUCGAAGCGCGAGUCAUAGAACUUGGAGUUGUCCCCAUAGACGCGGAACAGCACUUGCUGAUGCACCAGUGGGCUGGAUGCAUCUCUCGGCACACUAGGGCUGGUGGUGGUGCCGGUGACGGCCGAAAAAGACUCGGACGACUUGCACCGUCUGCAGGAUGGCUUUGGUGUCCCGACGGCCACGCGGAAGAGCUGGUUGGUCAGGCCGGCCUCUAUCUGCUCUAUCUCUAUGUGGUGAGGCGCGAUGGCCUCCUGACAAACAAGACAGACAACAAAACACGAACAAAUUGAACACGAAACGGUAGAGACCAGCCCGUCAGCGUCUGCAUCUUUGUGUGUCGAUUGUGCUCACCCAUCCCGGGACGUUGAGGAUGCAUAUGACGCGUAUGGUGGAGGGCUUCGAUAGCAUCCUGAUCCGCCUCCUCGUGCGGGGCGAUAUGUCAUCGUCUGGCAGGCUGUGGUGUGGAGAAUGAUGCUGCUGGUCUUCUCCGAUGAGGCUGAUGACGAGCUCCUCUUCGACAGACAGCCCUUGGCCCGCCUCCUCCGCCUCAGUGGUGACAGACGAAGCGUCAAAGGGGAGCGGCUGAAGGAAGAGCUUCCUGCGGCUGGUGUCAGCUGCUUCAGCCUCAUGGGACGACAGAAACGUGUCCAUGGUGGAGGGAGAGGAAGAGGCCCCUUUUCCC